AUGACCAACAAAACUAGUAGAAAAGUAAGAAACAAAUCUCUAAAGACUGAGCCAAAACUUUCGACGAAACCUUUCAAAAAUAAAACAAAAAAUCUCAAGAAAGAACAGGUCUCAAAGAUUUUACCAAUUGUUAAUGAUAUUAAUGAAGAUGAAAUCGAAUUGUCCGAACAAGAUGUAGAAUUUUUCAAAGAACACGAUCAAUUUACGAAAUUUUUAAAAGAUAUUGAUAAAGUUGCAUUACACAAGAACGAAAUCAUCAAUAUCAAAAAAUCAUCUGUUAAAGCCGUGAAAAAUGAUAAAACUGAUCAAGAUUCUUUACCGUCGUUGACUUCUUCCGAUGAGGAAGGUGAUGAUGAAAUGAUAAUAGUAGGAGAUUUGAAUCAAGAGAAAAUGUAUAUUUCUUCAGAUUCGGAUAUAGAACAAGAAUAUGAAAGGACUCCACGUCUUAAUAAAUCUUGGAUACAUAAAGAAUCAACAAAGCUUCCAAUUAAGCUGCCCGACGGAAAAAUAAAACAAAAAGAAGUCGUAAUAUCUUUUUUACCAAGUAAAUUAUUUAUAAAAUGUAAGGUUUCCAAAGAAGUUAAGAAAAUAAGAAAUUAUGAACAGGGCUUGUUGAGUAAUUAUCAAGCUUAUUUGAAGUUUCUCGAAAGCGAAUUAAGAGGUUCGAGACGAAAAGAACCUUUAACUAAAGAGGAAGAGAAAUCUGUUGCAGAUGAAGCGUUACAAUGCAUGUGUGGCCUUUUAACUUCUGUUACUCAUUUCAACUUUCGGUUGAAUUUGAUGACGGCAAUUGUUACGAGAAUGAGUACUCGCAAAUUUACAAAGAUGACGGCCAUGUGUUGUGAUGCUAUAAUUGAAGUAUUUAAGAAUGAUGAAUCUGGUGAAGCAAGCUUAGAUGCUGUAAAAUUAAUCACAAUGAUGAUUAAGUCUAAAAGUUAUGUGGUUCAUGAAGAGGUUCUUAAUACUUUUUUACACCUUCGAUUAAGAGACGAGCUUAAUAUAAAAAAAUUACAUGAAGAUGAAGCUCAUUCCAAUAAAAAAAGAAAAUGGAAAAAAGAGCCUAAAAAACAUUUGUCAAGAAAAAUGAGAAAGUUGGAAAAGGAAAGAAAAGAGAUUGAAAACGAGAUGAAGGAAGCCGAGGCCGUUGUGGAUUAUGAAGAAAAAGAGAAAAGACAUACAGAAACGUUGAAAUUGGUGUUUAUAACGUAUUUUCGUAUUUUAAAACAUGCCAAUAAAUCACCACUACUUCUUUCUGUAUUGGAAGGGUUGUCCAAGUUUGCCCAUCUUAUCAACGUUGAUUUCUUUAACGAUUUGUUAGAAUUGCUGAAAAGGAUUAUGGCUGAUGAAAUCAAGGUGGAGGACUCAGAUCCGGAAGACAGUAAUACCAAAAGUUCUAUAUCUCGAAUUAAUACACGAAAAGGUUUAUUAUGUAUAAUAACUGCAUUUCAGUUGCUUUCCGGUCAAGGGGAAGCUCUCAAUAUCGACCUGAAAGAUUUUUAUACACAAAUGUAUACAAUUAUAAUGCCCCUUGCUAUGAAUCCAUACAUGGAAAAAAGUGAACUUGAACAAUUAAAAGCUGAUGAGGGUAAAGUUAGCAAUGCUACAUAUAUAGCAACCGAACAAGAGUUGCUAAUGAAAGGAAUUGAUUUUAUACUUUUCAAGCGAAAACAGAUUCCAACUGAUAGAUCGGCCGCAUUUUUGAAACGAUUAUCAAUUGCUUGUAUGAAUUGGCCAAGUAAAACAGUUCUGAAAUGUUUAACCACGAUGAAAAAAAUGAUUCAGAGACAAUCACGAUUAGAUGCACUAUUAUCAUCAGAUGAUAGAGCUGUUAAUGGAAUUUAUCGACCUGACUUAAAUGACCCCGAAUUAUGUAAUCCUUUUGCAACAAGUUUAUGGGAAUUGAAUUUAUUACAGAAACAUUAUGAUCCCAAAAUUCGGACUGCAGCAGUUCAAUUAGCAACUUUUGAAUCAAAUGUUGUAAAAUCAGUUAAAUAA